AUGUGCUUCUCAUAUGGACAGAAAUCUUCGGAUUCGUCUACAGACAUGUCAUCCAGCCAUAUGUAUGUAAAAGUGAAUUGCUUUGAAAUUGGCUUAGUUUCGGCAAAACAUGUCAUUGGCAUUAUCCUCUUGUUUGCUUUCCUCCUUUAUCAGUAUCGUCGGAGGCAUUUAUCGAGGUAUGAUACAAUAGAAGAUUUCCUACAAGCAAACAACAGCCUCAUGCCCAUUAGGUACUCAUACAGAGAAAUAAGGACAAUGACCAACAAUUUUAAGGAGAAACUAGGUGAAGGAGGCUAUGGUUUGGUUUACAAAGGAAAACUGCGCAGUGGAGGUGCAGUUGCUGUCAAGAUGCUGAACAAAUCAAAAGCUAAUGGACAAGAGUUCAUCAAUGAAGUUGCAACUAUUAGAAUAAUACACCAUGUGAACGUGGUUCGGUUAGUGGGAUUUUGUGUUACUGCCUCAAAACAUGCUCUAGUGUAUGAUUACAUGCCAAAUGGCUCUCUGGAUAAGUUAACUUUCUCAAACUGUCGAAAUGGUUCUCCAUUGAGCUGGAGACAAGUUUGUGAGAUUGCAAAGGGGGUGGCUCGUGGCAUUGAAUACUUGCAUCAGGGGUGUGAUAUGCAAAUUCUGCAUUUUGAUAUUAAACCGCAUAAUGUCUUUGAUGAGAAUUUUGUUCCAAAAGUUUCGGACUUUGGACUUGCGAAACUUUACCCAAUGCAAAAGAGUAUUGCAACUCUUACUGCUGCGAGAGGAACUUUAGGUUACAUGGCCCGGAGUUGUUCUAUAAAAAGAUUGGAAGAGUCUCGCAUAAGACAGACGUUUACAGCUAUGGAAUGUUACUAA